AUGACUUGUCGGAAUUGCCUCAACGAUGCCAAAACCCUUCUCCCAAAGGUAUGUCCAAAUCAGAAAGAAGCAUUUGGGUACUAUGACUUCUGCACUUUUCAAUACGCAAGUCGUCCAUUGUUGGGAUACCUGGAUCCUGAAUUUGCCCACAGUUUCAACAACCCAGAAGAUGCAACAGACAAAGAAGAGUUCACAAGUGCGCUUAAUGAUCUAAUGCAGAGACUGAAAAGCGAAGCUGCUUCUGGGAACUCUAAUUUUAAGCUAUCUGUGGGAUGCAAAAUAGCUGAUGAGUCUGAGACCGUUUAUGGUCUUGUUCAGUGCUCGCCAGAUUUGUCUAGGCCAGACUGUAAUGCUUGCUUGGAGAAGGCGAUCUCAGAUAUCCCACUCUGUUGUAAGAACAAGAUUGGUGGCAGGGUUAUUAAACUCAGCUGCAAUCUUCGAUUUGAGAGGGUUCAUUUCUAUUAUGAUUAA